AUGGUUCCCCUGGCCCCCUUGGUAGUGAUGAUGACUGAUAAGCUAACAACUCCCAAGGCAUUCCGUCUUGACAGCGUGGUCCACGAUCGCAGAUUGGCAGAGACAGCUCGUGCAUCGACCGCUUUCCUCUCACCCACCAACGUCCCGGAUGAGAAGCCCGAAGAGUCCGAAGUCUUAUCUGUGAAGGAAGAGAAGGUAUACGAGACGAAUACUAGUAGGGUUAUUGACCGGAUUCACGACGACUACGAGGAAUACUUAGCACAAGAUCCGAAUUGUAAAGAAUCAAGCUCCACGAUUACACUAAGCGCAGAAAAUAAGACGCCUCGGUUGAACAUUCUAUCACGAACGGCCGUGUUUAUUCAAGAGGAAAGCGGCGAUACCGCCGUAGCUUCAGAUCUAUAUGGUGGAAAUCAGAAUUCAAUACCUUCCAAGGAGCAAGUCAAGAUUACAUUUAUCUUGAAGUCGUUCGACGACUCCUUGCCUCCUGUGGCUAAUGCAGAUCCAUGA